AUGACAGGGCUUGCACAAUGCCAUGAUCAGGUUCACAAAGCGAAUAAAGAGAAAAGUUCGUGCAUUGUUGAGAUCCCGCGAUGUGAGAAGCGAGCGGCAUUCAGCGAAGCGAGAGGAUCAGUGCCCAAGGAACUGCAAGAGGACAAUGGCAGACAAUGGCAGGAUAAGCUCGGGCCCUCGCGACCAAAUCACCUUCAGGCUCAGACGUCAGAAGCCAAGUGGAAACCUAGCGGUGCACCUACCUUUGAGCCUUGCGAAGAGGCCCGAGGUUGCCGUGGCUACGGGGAGAAGGGGAACAAAGGGCCGAUCGACAAUGGCCAGUGGACUCGCCUAAGAAUUCUAGGAUCACGGACCUGUCCGGCAGCGCUUUAUGUGAAUUCGGCUCAGCGCGGUCGCCAGCACAAUCAGACCUGCUGGUCUAUUCAGCAGGAGGCCUAA